AUGUUUUCUUCCUUCAUCUUGAGAGUUUUUGCCCACCAGCCCCAAAGAGGCCACACGCAACUGGCCACUACUCCUCACCCGCAGAAAAUGAAUAUCGCCACCGACGAGUUCGGAAACCCUUUCAUAAUCCUGCGGGAGCAGGAGGAGAAAAAGCGUCUAAAGGGGAUUGAAGCCCACAAGGCACGUGCGAACAUAACAGCUGCUAUGGCGGUAGCUGAUUCUUUACGUUCUUCCUUGGGUCCUAAAGGAAUGGAUAAAAUAAUUGUUGGCCCUGAUGGUGAUAUAACUGUCACUAAUGAUGGUGCUACUAUCCUUGAUAAAAUGCAGAUAAAUCAUCAAUGCGCCAAGUUGUUGGUUGAUCUAUCGCGGUCUCAAGAUGCAGAGAUUGGUGAUGGCACAACUGGUGUCGUCAUCUUAGCAGGGAAUUUACUCUCUGAGGCUCUACGGCUAAUAGAUAAGGGUUUACACCCUCUACGUGUUGCUGACGGGUUCGAGGCGGCGGCACAAAUUGCUGUUCAAUCCUUAGAGGAAGCAGCUAUACAUAAAGAUGUACUAGGUGCUGAUCAAGACUUAUUGCGACAAACAGCAAAGACUGCCUUAGGGUCUAAGGUCGUCAGCAGCUGCAAGGAGAAAUUAGCAGAUUUAUGCGUACAAGCUGUUCUUGCUGUUGCAGAUAAAGAAAGAAAAGAUGUUAAUUUAGAUAUGAUUAAGUUAGAUGGUCGUGCUGGUGGUUUAUUAGAACAAUCAUGUAUAAUAGAGGGAAUAGUAUUACAUAAAGACUUAAGUCAUUCACAAAUGCGUAAAGAAAUAAAAGAUGCAAAAAUAGCAAUAUUAACUUGUCCUUUUGAGCCCCCUAAGCCUAAAACUAAACAUAAAUUAGAUAUAAUUAAUUCAGCUAAUUAUAAAAAAUUACAACAAAAAGAACAAAUAUAUUUUAAGGAUAUGAUUCAACAAGUUAAGGAUUCAGGAGCUAACUUC